UGUUUGGACACUUGCAUUGCAUGAGCUGAAACUCGAAAAGAAAAGAAAAGGCUCCUCUGCUCUGCGUUGCUCUGUAAGACUGUGGGUCUAUGCCUCUUCCUUUUUAUUCGCGCAUUCGUGUCGGUCAUACAAUUCAUCAUCUCAUCAUUUCCAAUAAUCAACGUUAAAGCUUCAAUUCUAUUUUCAAACAUUGUAACUUUCGGGUUCAAUCGCUGCUGGCUCUUCGGGUUUCAGGAUUUUGAACUAUAAUUCUGGAGACAGGACAGCGACUGAGUCUGAAUUCUGAAACUGUUGUUGUUGUUGUUGUGGCCUCCAACUGUGUUUUCUGAAACAUGUUGUGAUUUUCGUAAUGAUUCAGCUCCUCUGAGAUUCUUCAAUUUUGCAAACAAACCCCUGAGAGAAGCUUCUCAAGUCAGAAUUGCUCUGUCACCGAAAUUCUGAAAUUGCAAUCACUUUUUCGUGAUAUAUGCUAUUUCAGCUGCAGGAAUUGGCACGGGGAAAAGGUAAUUAACUACAUGCUGGAGUCAAAGGAGAAACUGAAAGAGGUGGACAUGUGUUUGGAUCAUGAGCUAUGGCACGCGUGUGCGGGAGGGAUGGUGCAAAUGCCAGUGGUGAAUGCUAAGGUGUUCUAUUUCCCUCAGGGGCAUGCCGAACAUGCAUGUGGACCCGUGGACUUCAGGGCUUACCCCAAAAUUCCACCUUUCAUUCAAUGCCGAGUGGGAGCUAUCAAAUACAUGGCUGAUCCUGAGACAGAUGAGGUGUAUGCCAAAAUGAGGCUUGUUCCUUUGAGCAGCAAGGAGGUUGAUUUUGAUGAUGAUGGUGGUGUUGGAGGAGGAAUCAAUGGAUCUCAAACCAAGGAUAGGGAUAAACCUCCUUCUUUUGCCAAAACCUUGACUCAAUCUGAUGCCAACAAUGGUGGGGGAUUUUCCGUUCCAAGAUAUUGUGCUGAGACAAUUUUCCCUCGAUUGGACUAUUCUGCGGAGCCUCCUUAUCAGAACAUUUUUGCCAGGGAUGUUCAUGGAGAAACGUGGAAAUUCAGGCACAUUUAUCGAGGCACGCCAAGGCGGCAUUUGUUGACCACAGGGUGGAGUACUUUUGUGAAUCAGAAGAAGCUUGUGGCAGGGGAUUCAAUUGUCUUUUUGAGGGCUGAAAAUGGUGAUCUGUGUGUGGGAAUUAGAAGAGCCAAGAGGGGGAUUGGUGGAGGAUUUGAGACUCCAUCAGUGUGGAAUUCAGCUAGGGGGAUUCGUCCUAUGCCUUUUGGAGGGUUUUCUGCUUUUUUGAGAGAGGAAGAUAACCAACUCAUGAGAAAUGGUAAUAGUAAUGGAAAUGGGUUGAGUUUGAGUCCAGGGGCAAAGGGGAAAGUGAGGCCUGAAGCAGUUAUUGAGGCUGCUACUCUUGCUGCCAAUUUGCAAGAUUUUGAGGUUGUUUACUACCCUCGGGCAAGUACUCCUGAGUUUUGUGUGAAGGCGUCUUUGGUUAGAGCGGCAUUUCAGAUUAGGUGGUGUCCUGGAAUGAGGUUUAAAAUGCCCUUUGAAACGGAGGACUCCUCGCGGAUAAGUUGGUUUUUGGGAACCAUAUCUUCUGUUAACUUUGCUGAUCCAAGAUGGCCAGACUCUCCUUGGAGACUUCUCCAGGUUACAUGGGAUGAGCCAGAGUUGCUUCAAAAUGUGAAAAGGGUGAGCCCGUGGCUGGUUGAAAUAGUAUCAAACAUGCCUGCCAUCCAUCUUUCCCCUUUCUCACCACCAAGGAAGAAGCUGAGAUUGCCUCAACACCCAGAGUUUGCCUUUGAAGGCCAGAUUCCAUUUCCAACAUUUCCCAGCAACUUUCUAGGUCCCACCAAUCCCUUUGGUUAUCCACCUGAAAGUACUACUCCUGCUGGCAUGCAGGGAGCCAGGCAUGAUAACUAUGGUAUAUCCUUACCAAAUUUCCACCUCAAUAAUAAACUGCACUCAGGUCUAUUUCAAUCUGGUUUCCCACCACUUGAUCACGCUGCUUCACCAACAUUGAGGGUCUCCAACACCCCACCAUUGCAAAAGGCCAACACAAGUGACAACGUCUCUUGCCUAUUAUCUAUGUCAACUUCUUCUCAAUCUUCAAAGAAAGUAAAUGAUGUGAAGGCACCCCACUUGGUUCUUUUUGGCCAAACAAUUCUCACUGAGCAGCAAAUCUCUCUGAGCACCUCUGCUGACACAGUUUCCCCAGGAAAAAGCUCGCCUGAUGGAAAUGUUGAUAAAAUGACCAAUUUUUCAGAUGGUUCCGGUUUUGAUCUUCACAAACAACGCUCCUCUUGUGAGGUGUUCCAUUGGUACAAGGAUCACCACCACAAAGAAACCGUAGCUAGUUUGGAGACAGGUCACUGUAAAGUUUUUAUGGAAUCAGAAGAUGUUGGUCGGACUAUGGACCUCUCAUUGCUUGGGUCUUAUGAUGAAUUGUAUAGAAAAAUGGCUGAUAUGUUUGGCAUAGAAAAAUCUGUGGUGCUAAGUCAUGUGCUUUACUGUGAUAUAACUGGGGCAGUCAAGCAUAUUGGAGAUGAGGCAUUCAGUGACUUCACCAAAUCCGCUAGGAGGUUGACAAUUAUAAUGGAUUCCAGCAGAGACAAUAGAGGAAUAUAGAGAAAGAAGUAAACCAUCAUGAUUUCAAUUGUACAGUUCGUUGAUCAAUUCCUCCUAUUGCCAUUCAGACCCUUUACCCUUCCUGAAGCAAUGGAAGGAGACAGUCUGAUCUAAUUUUUGGAUAUUAACUUUAAGCUCUCUGGAUAAAUGUUUCUCUUGAAGGGCAUGUUUGGAUUUGAUUUUUUCUUCUAGUGACUAUAUCUCGUGCUUUUCCUUCUCUUUUUGAAUUAUAACAUGGUUUACCUGAGGCUUUUGUUUAAUAAAUACGAUUGCUUUAUAGGAGGCUUUUGUGUACUUAAACUCUUCGACAAUGGCUUUGUAGUAAAAAAAAAGGUACCUAGGCUUAAUGGUUAUUGAGAGAAAUUAGGUGUAACGUGUAAGCGACUUGUAGGCAGCAGUUUGUAGUUAGUAAUUACCUUUUUU